AUGAGCCAUAUUUCUAAGGUUGACAGUGACGAAGAUGAGCACAAGCCGCACACAAAACAUGUCAAUGACAUCGUUCGCAAGCUAACAGCAAAUUUUCCUGCCAUCUCACAGGCCCGCGAGGAGGCAAAUCGGACAUUUCACCGAGCAGAGCAGGUGGCUAAGUCACCAGAGAAAAAAAACAUCUGCAUUGGCCCACUGAAGGGGGUUGGAAAAGCGAAUUUGGCAUCAGGAAGCAAGGCGACCAUUGCACGUGUUGUGUCAGGCUCUGCAAGAGUAGUCUCCAUCAGUGUCUUUCCUGUCAGAUUGAAAAAUGUCUAUCAGCAACAACUGCAGAAUCUCGGCCUGGGCAUCCUGAAUGUUCAGAAUGAGUUUCUGUUCUGGAAGUCAUGGACCCCAGCGCAGAUGCAUGCAUUCUUAUGCAAUCACCUGCCGAUGUUCUUCUGCUAUCUGGCAAUGAAGGAUCCCUGGGUCCUGACGAUUGGAGCACAUGAUGAUGAAGAGCUGGCUCUACUAGAGCUGCUGUAUGUGCUGCUGUCGAAGGAAGACUGGAGCAUGAAUGUUGUCAAUAUCAGUCAUCCUGACGAAAGCAAUUACUUCACUUACAAGAGCCGUAGCAGCAUGACUUGGCAAGAUUCGCACGUUUGGAUUGGAUUACGCGAGAUCAUCGAUCUCGAUGAUUUCAAGGAAUGGGCAGAGCAGCAGAAGGUCGACAGUGCACAGGUGGGAAGGGAAGAUGGGAAGUCUGCAAGCAUAGCGUCAGAAGGAAGUGACUUGAAGGGCAAGGCCAAAGUGCCUGCCAAUCCACAAUCAAACACAACGACCAUGGUGGCAAAGCAUCCAUUCCUGCUCUUCUUGGAAGAUGACACUGAUGAUGAGAUCAUCGAACGUGGACUCCAUUCCCCAAGUCCAACUGACAGUGCUCAUCUGAAGAGAAUCAAGAGAUCAAAGAUCCUCAGUGAAGUGGAUGUGGCUGUGGGAGGAUCAAGCUCUAUGGCGAGUGGUAGCUUGACUGAUGCAGCAUCAAUUGCAGCUGCCAGUGAUGCAGAGGAGAGUACCCCUGCAGCCAAAGGAGGGCGCAUUGAUAUCGACCUCAGCAAUGUGCCUGACAGCAAGGAUGAGCAGCCCACUACCCCAAUUGCCCAGCCUCAUGGAGGACCAGUGCAGGGUGAUGACCUGAAAUGGCAGUGGGUCGAGUCAGUGGGGAUGCGGAAGAGGACACAGAGAGAUGGGAAACACAUCACUGGAGGCAGCACACAUGGUGCUGGCUUGCGAUGGGUGAGGCUGCCAUGGAGGUACUCGAGCUGGUGCUGGAGCAUAAUGAGGAAAGAUGAUGGCUGGAGAGAUGAGCGUCAUCGCUCUUUAGAGUACAUUGGAAACGUUGGCCAUGAGGCCUCUCUGUGGAACCCGCAUGAUGCAAAGGAUGGGAAGACACCAUAA